CGGGACGCACGCCACACACACGCUCGCGCACACACACACACGGCUUCCCUACAUCUAUACAUUUUGACAGCUUCUUCUGCGAGGAGGCAUCUCCGCUCCGGAGCGCUUUCACUUUCUCUUGCGUUUCCGAGCACACUCGCUGUGAGCCUGGGGUUGUCUCACUCCAAAUCUUUUAGCCAGAAGCCAUUGCAGCACGGCACCAUGAGCAAGAAGAAAAAGGAGUGGAAAACGGAGAAAGAACGCUUGCUCAGUCUCGGACAGGAGGAAAGGCGUAAAGAAUACGGGGACAACUAUGUGGCAUUGGACAAUAUUUUCACCUGGAGGCAUCACCACAGAGAGCCUGAAGAUGAUGAAGAAAACACUGUCUCGCUGUGUGACAAAGUCUCUCUGUACAAGGGUGACAUUACCAUGCUGGAAGUGGACGCCAUUGUGAAUGCUGCGAACUCCAGUCUCCUCGGUGGUGGCGGAGUGGAUGGCUGCAUACACCGAGCUGCGGGACAUUACCUGUAUGAAGAGUGCCACUCACUAAAUGGCUGCGAGACGGGCAAAGCCAAGAUCACCUGCGGCUAUGACCUUCCUGCCAAAUAUGUGAUCCACACCGUUGGCCCCAUUGCUAGAGGAAACGUAGGCCCGGUCCAAAGAGAGGAUCUCGCAUCCUGCUACAAGAGCUCCCUAAAGCUGGUGAAGGACUACAGCUUGCGCUCUGUGGCUUUCCCGUGCAUAUCGACAGGAAUUUAUGGUUUUCCCAACGAGCCGGCUGCAGACAUCGCCCUGGACACGGUGAGGGACUGGCUGAUGGAGAACAAGGACAAGAUCGACCGCAUCAUAUUUUGCGUCUUCUUGGAAAACGACUAUGGGAUUUACAACAGGAAGAUGUCGGAUUACUUCCCUACAGAUAACGAAGAAUGCGAGGAGGGAAAUGAGGCCCACACGGAGGACGAUGCUAAUCAAAAUGAUACUGAUGAUGUUUACAUGGAGAGCCAGCCAGACCAAGAUGUUGAGAUGUUUAGCCAAGCCGACGUGGAUGAGGACCGUCUGGACACACCGAACCUGCAACCAGAGAUCUGCAGUUCUGUCCCUGAAACCGCUGCAAAGGAAAUAAACACAGAAAGAAGCGAGCCAGUAGAGGAUGAGAAAGCAGCAGGAGAUGGCAAACCCCAGCAAGAGAAAGAGAAGCAUGAGGAAAAGAAAAGUGACUCAGAGGAAGGUGCUGGGGUCGAGAAGGAGACAAGUGCCGGAGAGAAGAGCAAGGACGUUCCUGCUGAUACAAAACAAGAGGAUGAUGAAGAAGACCAAGUAACAAGCAUAAACAGCAAGCAAGCAGAUGGUCAAGAAUCAGUAGAGACCAUGGAGGUUGAGGGUGCAGCAACUGAGGAGAACACAACCAGAGAUAUUACCAAGUCUGAAGGUGAAGUGAAACAUCAGGAUAAAAGCCCUGCAGAAACAAACCAAGCAACUCAAACAGACAUCAGUCAAUCCAAAGAUGGAUCCUCCAGUGAUAAGGGUGAGCCGAGUAAGGAGUGAGAAGACAAUCAGCCUCGUAGUUACACGCACCGGCAAACUGUGCGAAGGUGAACAUAGACGAAAAAAAAAACGAAAAAAAAAAAAAACCCAGGGAGAGGAUCUGUCCACCACCAUCCUCCUUCUUCUUCCCUAUCCUUUUUCUUCCUUUCCUUUCUUUUCCUUCUUCAGUUUGGGAAUUUACUGCGACAAGAAAUUUCGAGAGAGGCACACGUGAACAUAUCAGAAUUUAAAAGGGUCAUGGGGUGAUGCUUUACCUAUCGCAUUGCUGCUUGAUCAUUUCCAGUCUCCAGAUUCCUGGUGUUGGAUCUGAACAGGUUAAUAAAUUAUAAAAAAAAAAGAAAUAAAGAAAAGUUAGUGCUCUGGGUUAGACUUGUUUUACAUUUUUGCUUCUAAAAGACUAUAUUCUCAUUGACUAAUGCUUUGCACAAGGUCUGCUGUAACCCGGCGCCUUCACAUCGAUUUCGAGUCCGUUCGGAUUUUUUCUAAAAGUGACGUGUCUGUACGAAUGUCCGUGUCCGCAUAUGGCCAUAUGUAUGAAUAUGCAAGCCGGUGUUGAACUGAAACACUUGGCACUAAUGCAGAAGGUUCUUAGAGAAACAGGAAAAUAUCUGAUGUAUUUUAGUGCUUGGAUUCCACAUGCAAUUCACAUCAAAGAAAUAUAUGAACUAUAAAUCAAUUAAAAAAAAAUAAAUACAAUGAAUACAUUUAGAAAGUACACAAAACGAUAUAGAUUUUAAAAAGAUAUAUUCUAUAUGUGGAUAGUUUAGUUUGGAUGUGGAAAGGAGGAUUACAGGUUUUCCUGUUAUAUAUAUAAAUAUAUAGAUAAAUACACACUUGCACAGUCCAACCAAGGUAGUUUAAUCGAAAAUAAACAUACGGAGCAUAUUUUUGCGUUUCUUCUUUACUGUGUCAUUAACGUUUUGGGAUCAUAGAGUAAUGCAGCACUACACAUCGUCUUUUAGAGAGGUCCACGUUUUCUGUUUUUUACUGCUUUGUGUUAAAAAAACAACACUAGAAAAACCUCUCUGACGUUCACGUUUCUUAAGAGUUCUUUCUUGCUCACUGAUGCCUCACAUCGAUUUUUGUUAACAUUUUCGCCGUUUUGACCCUAAUGCAUGCAUUGUGGCUUUUUUCUUUCUUUCCAUUUUCAAUGAUAUUUUUUUUUAUUUUGCAAAUUUCUAUUAAAUAUAAAUCAAAAUUAGCCUUAUUUGGUAGAACAGAUAUUACAUGAUCACAAAAAUGGUGGCAACAUGUCAAUCGGAUGCUUGGAAUAGCUAUGAAAUAUAUAUAUAUUUUACGGAUAGAAGCUGAGUGAUUUAGUGAUACUGAGUUUGCCGUUUUGUUUUUUUCUUCGGGUUUAAAGGUCAAAAUUCAAUCUAUAUUUCAUUUGUUUUGUUGACUGGUUUGAUCAGUUACUUAAAGUGGUGCCAUAAUUAUAUCAAAAUGACUUAAUGCCUUCAUAAAUCGAUGUUUGCUUUGCUUUACACCUAUGAAAUAAAGCUUAAAAAGGUUCUUUCCAUGA